AUGCCUGCCAAACGUAACACAGACGAGCGCAAACGGAAAGUCCGAACCGAGCAUGCCCCCUACAAACCGCAAGAAGACUUGAUGAAAGUCGUUCAAGAUUUGAAGGCACGAAGGAGGAUCAUUGGGGCUCCUCUCACGUUGGAGGAGAUGCUGAACCCGGUUGGCGGUGACGAGAUCGGAGAAAGGGAGUUUCAUUUUGAGGAUGAUGAUGAGAUCGUGGCCAGGGUUCGUCAUGAACAAGCUGUGGCUAGAGGAGAGGUCAUUGAGCUGGAUUCCGAAGAUGAAGAGGAUGACGAUCACCCUCGACUGUCAACCCGCGAGAUCAUGGACCUUUGCACCCAGCUUGAGCGCGCAUGCAUCAGUGAGAACGAUCCGGAGACCUCUCUUGACUUUCUCCAUGGGCUUAGACGCUUCAGAAUACAUCUUAGGAGGCGGGAGGCAAUGGGAGCGAAGCAGACAACACUGACCAACUGGUUCAAGCCGAACUGA